AUGGCCGGAGGCACUCAUGGCAAGCCCAUAUGGAAGGGCAACCACCCCGUUAAACAGAUCAACCCUCAACGACCACUAUAUCGCUUCGCCGCAACCGGCCUUGGAGCUGCCAUGUGGUUCUUUUUAUUCUACAGAGCAAAGCAGGAUGGCGCGGCGCUGCUCGGGUUGAAACACCCGUGGGAUCAUUAA